AUGGGCGCCAUGUGCCCAAAGAAGACGGAUCGGUGCAUGCACCUCUCCCACGUCUUGGCGUUCUUGAUCAAACACGAGAGCCGGAUCCUGGACUUCUUUGCCGAGCGACUACAGUGCAAGUCCAUCGUGAUCUGCCAGCAGCGCACGAUCGUCAGCGAGCUCGUUGCCGAUCUGUUGGUCAUGUACUCCGUGCAGCACGUCGACGUCGCCGUCGUGGACCUCAACGACUUGGACGAGUCGGACUGCCUGCUCAUGGACGAGCGCUUCAUCCUCAAAGAGUCGUUGAGAGGUGACGUUGAAGAUCAGGGAUCUCGGGCCAUGUUUCACCUCGGCAAGUUCGACGACAUGAAGAAGGUCAUUACCGAGAUCGGCAAGUUCGUCCUGCAGACGACCAUGGGCCUGGUCGCCAUGCAGACGGAGCGCACGACGGCAAAUGAGGCUGAAGAAAACGCGCCGCACGUCAUGCCGGCCGAGCUCGUCAAGGUGCGCCCUGCCACGUUCGUCAAGGAGAUCAUCGGCCGACAUAUGAACCGCCUGAAUAAGUUCUGGACGGUCGACGACAUCUACUCGAUCGAGGAGGAGCAUCGCGCCCUUAUCGCCGCCUACCGCAACGAGCGGAACCUCCACUCGAGCAUUGACGGGAAUGAUCACACGACCGAGUUCAACGACGCCUAG